CGUGUGUCAAACCGACUGAAACGUUUUCCUUUUUUCUAGUCGUGUGAUGACGCUGUACUAUUUAGUAUUUACGCCCGUUUGUUAAGUAUUUAUACUUCACAGUUUCCGAGUUUCGUACUAAAAAUUCAAAAGCUUGCAAUCACAGCAUUUUCUGUAGGUAUAGGCAUUGGGACUUGAAUCGUCUGCACUUGCACUCCCCAUUGCCCAAUGCUUCGUUUGUAACCGAAGUUACUGCAUGGUGUGCGCAGUUUCGUGGAGUUAGGUAAUCCGCGAAUUUGAUUCCACCGUGGAUCUCAUCCUUCGCAUACUCAUUUUACUAACUGUAACCCAAUACACCAAAAUGGCAAGCCCUGCAACCCCCUGGUCGGAGAGAGUGUAUGAGACGUACCAUCUGCAUCUAGCCAACGACAGAAUCUUUAUUGAGCCCCUGGAUGCAGAGGUGAACCAAGUGCUUAUGAUUGAUCGCAUCACCCAGGAGACCGUCUUCCGCAGCUCAGCGACCCUGCCUGCCAACGGCACUGCCGAUGUUAAAUUGGUAUUUGGCAUUCUUGGACGGAUUCAUUUGAUCGGAGGAUGGUACUUGGUGGUUGUAACGGGACGUGAACGAGUCGGCGAAGUAGAAGGACAGACCAUAUGGCGAAUGACGGGAGCCGAAUUGGUGCCGUACACCAAAAGUCUGCUCUUUUUGAGUACGAAGCAGCUGGAAUUCAACAGCAUCUAUAAAGGCAUGGUGGAGUCUGUUUUGAAAACGCCAGGAUUGUACUUUUCUGCUAGUUAUGAUUUGACACAUUCGUACCAACGUUUGGCUAUGAUUCACGGGCGCGAACAUUUGCGAGAAUCCCUUUUCCGGCGUGCUGAUCGACGGUUUGUAUGGAAUCGGCAUCUCUUGCUCAAUUUCACAUCGUCUUCAUCAGAGAACUUAAAUCAUUAUCUGCUUCCUCUGCUUCAUGGAUUUGUUCAAAUCCAGACAAUGUACAUCCAUAACGUCAAAGUGGAUUAUGUGGUCAUUAGCCGUCGCAGCACUUGGCGCGCAGGCGUGCGUCUUUACACUCGAGGUAUCGAUUCCACGGGCGCUGUAGCCAACUAUGUCGAAUCGGAAGCCAUUAGCAUUUGCAACAACCGCCUGGUCAGCUACGUACAGAGCCGUGGUUCUGCUCCGAUCUAUUGGUCACAAAAGCCGGAUUUAAGUUAUCUGCCCAAACCACGUGUCAACGUUGAGCAUGAUCAUCUUCUUGCACUUCAAGCGCACUUCCAGGAGCAGAUUGUCUUGUAUGGCCCUCAAACUGUAAUCACUCUGGUCAACCAUCACGGUCGAGAGGAACUGGUUGGGGCUGUCGUUCGUGAUGCUAUUCACUUGUCCCGUCACCCUAAUAUUACAUUUGUGGCAUUCGAUUUUCACGCGGAAACCAAACAUAUGAAAUGGGAACGAUUAAGUGUGCUGAUGGAGCGUAUUGAAGCAGAAAGGGUGCGACAGCAGUACUUCGUUAAACCUUUAGAUGGACCAGUGAAGCAAGUACAAAAUGGUAUAUUUCGCACCAGUUGUAUGGAUUGCCUGGAUCGAACAAAUGUCGUGCAGGGCUUGAUUGCUAAACGGGAAUUCGAAGACCAAAUGCGCUAUUUUGGAAUUUUUGGGGAGCACGAAAAGCUGGAAGAUGACCCUUCUGCUCACAGUAUUUUCCGGAAUAUCUGGGCUGACAAUGGGGAUGUCAUUUCACAGCAGUACGCUGGCACCGGCGCUCUUAAGAGUGACUUUACCCGUUUUGGCCGGCGGAAUUUCUAUGGUGUUUUGCGCGAUGGUCUAAACAGUAUGCAGCGUUGGGUUAAAAACAAUUUCAUGGAUGGAUAUCGACAGGAUGCAAUUGACUUAUUUUUGGGAAACUACGUUGUGGAAGAGGAAGAAGGAGCUACGAAGAUUUGCCCUUUAGAAGCCAAGCGGGGAUUUUUCUGGACCACGCUGCUGAUGUGCGCCUUAGCCGCUACUGCCAUGUGUGCUUUGUGCAUUUUGUCGCCAGCUGAGACGGACUGGACAACACGAUUCUCCUGGUUUGCUUUGUGGUUCGGUGCACUGGGCAUCACUGUGGCAAUUAUUUACAAAAAUGGCAUGGAAUACGUAGACAGACCGCGGCUUGUCCCGCGAUAAUCGGGUGAGAAGGAGAUGCUGUGGAUGUGCCUUGGUAUUCCCGUUUAUAAUUGCGUUGCUCGAUAUUUCAGCUCGUGCAUGAUCCGGUUGGCUGCAUUUGGAUCCCCUAUGGAUUAAUAAAAUAAAAUUGUUUUGAAGGCUUCAGAUUUCAGUAAUAAACUACUGUGGAAGCGCGCUAUGAUGUCACAGAAAGGGUUGAAAUCUUUUUUGCUAGUUUCAGGUUUUGAGUACGGUUGUUUUGGUGCAAGGUUUUCCAUUACAAAGUGUUUGUUUCUAUUUGUGAUAGUUCAGCAAAAAAAUGUUUUUGAUUGAAAAUCUGUACGAUCUUUACAAAUUAAGAGUUACUGUAGGUUAUAAAAAGUGCUCACGGUG